AUGAGAGGUGAGGGGAAUCAGAAUCAUCAGGAGGGAGACGAGUACGAGGACGAGGAAUUGGUGGCGGUGGGUUCCAGAAAUGAUGGACCUUCUUCCAAUAUCUCUACAGCUAACAGCAACAGAACUAACAAUAACACAGAUGGGAAGAACAGUGACAAGGCUAGUGCUGUGAGAUCUAAACAUUCUGUGACAGAGCAGCGACGGAGGAGCAAGAUCAAUGAUAGGUUUCAGAUACUCAGAGAACUUAUUCCUCAAUGUAAUCAGAAGAGAGAUACGGCAUCCUUUCUAUUAGAGGUGAUUGAAUAUGUCCGAUACUUACAAGAAAAGGUGCAAAAGUAUGAAGGUUCCUACCAGGGGUUGAGUACUGAGCCGACAAAGUUGAUGCCAUGGAGAAAUAGUCAUUGGCGUGUUCAAAGUUUUGUUGGUCAUCCACAAGCCAUAAAUAAUGGUUCUGGUUUAGGACCGGUGUUUCCCAGGAAAUUUGAUGAGAAUAACAUUGCUGUUACCCCCACCAUGCUUGCAAGUGCACAGAAUACUCCUAUGGAACCUGAUCCAUCACAAGAUGCAGCAUGCAACAAAGCCAUGGAUCAGCACCAACCUGACCUAACAAACAAGGGCUUCUCUCUUCCCACCAGGCGCUUGCAAACAACUAUCCCUCUUCAACAAGCAUACUCAGAUCCACAAUCAGUCGAGUGUGCUGUGACUGGAGAUUCGCUGAACCAGGCGGAGGAACUGAGUAUUGAAGGAGGGACAAUCAGCAUCUCCAGUGCCUACUCUGAAGGGUUGCUGAAUGCCUUGACACAAGCUCUACAGACUGCAGGAAUAGAUCUCUCACAAGCAAACAUUUCAGUGCAAAUCGAUCUUGGGAAACGAAGCAACAGAGGGUUGGCUUCUGGGACAUCAGCUAAUAAGGAUAUUCAGAACCCUGUUGCGAACCAUCAAUCCACAAUUCAUUUGAGGGAUGUAACUAGUGAAAGAGACUCUGACCACUUCCUGAAGCGCCUGAAGACUUAG